AAUAUUGCAUAUACUGGGGCAAUAUGUCCGUAUAAAAUAGACUUGUAUAGUGUUACCUUUAUGCAUUUGAUCACCAUGAAGGUGGUUGUGAAUAUACCGAUUGUACUGGCUCUCUUGACACAAUUCACAAAUGGCCAGUACUACGGAGUAUCCCCGUACGGCUACUUGGCGCCACAAGGCUGUUCAUGCUGCUCCCCUCCCAUAGCGCUACCAGCGCCACCUCCAUCUCCGAUUUACGUCUCGUUACCUCCUCCAGCUCCGAUAUGCGUCACUCCUCCGCCUCUCCCGCCUAUGCUGAUCGAGCUGCCAUUACCACCAGCCAUAACGAUAACUCCGCCACCAUCCCCACCGCUUUUCGUGAAUCCGCCACCUCUGCCUCCGAUAACAGUAACCCCACCGCCGUCGCCGCCAAUCUGUGUAAAUCCGCCCCCGUUGCCGCCCAUGUGCGUGAAUCCGCCACCUCCGCCCCCGAUGUACGUGAACCCGCCGAUGCCGCCGCCGCUGGUCUUGGAUCUGCCACUACCGCCUCCGAUAGUGAUCGAGCUUCCUCCACCGCCGCCGAUCGUGGUGCAACCGCCUCCGCUGGGCCAGGUGUUGAUUCAGCCGCCGCCGCUGCCGCCGAUGCCGGUGCAGCCGCCACCGCCGCCGCCGCUUAUGGUGCAGCCGCCCAACCCGCCACCAAUCACCGUUCAGCCACCCCCGCCAGCUCCUAUUAGUAUCCAGCCGCCGUGUCCGCCCCCGCUGUGUGUCCAGCCACCGCCGCCUGCGCCCAUCACUGUCCAGCCGCCGCCGCUGUCUCCAUUGUGUGUCCAGCCUCCACCGCCUCCUCCGCUAAUGGUGCAGCCACCUCCCUUGGAGCCGUUCUGCGUGCAGCCGCCGCCACCAAACCCUAUCUGCUUCCAGUCGCCGCCUCCCCCGUGCGGCUGUUCACAGUUUUACUUGUGACAGUCAAUAUAGGCGACUAUUUAGUUAUUACAGUGCACUAUUUAAUCUUAUUUAUAUAAUGUAUUAGAUAAGCUGAAUAAUUAUAAUGUAUUUAAAUUAGCUCUACCAAUUACAUGUGCUAGAAGUAAUAUAAUAAACAUUUUAAAAAUGAUAA